UGGGUCAACAGUAAACACGGUGAUAAAUCUUAAUUGAUUCCAACAACAAAUUACUUAAGCUAAUUAACUAAUAUCUCACUCUGCUUAUAUUGCAUUUACUAUUGUACAUAAAAUACCAAAGAGUAGGUAUUAUCUGAUAUUAAAAGUGUGUAUUUCACUUAAAAUACAUGAGAAAUAUGCCGGUAGAGUUGAACAGCUUAACCGAAGGUUGGUUGGAAUUAGAGAGUGAUCCGGGGUUAUUUACAUUACUGCUGGAAGAUUUUGGUGUGAAGGGAGUUCAAGUUGAAGAAAUCUAUGAUUUACACAAACCCAUGGAAAGUCCCGUUUAUGGGUUUAUAUUUCUGUUUCGAUGGAUAGAAGAAAGACGUUCGCGACGGAAAUUUGUAGAGCAAAUCGAAAGUUUUGUUCGAGAUGAAGAAACUAUUAACAAUAUAUUUUUUGCUCAACAAAUGGUUCCCAAUAGCUGUGCAUCACAUGCUUUACUAUCAAUAUUAUUGAACUGUCCUAACCUUCAUUUGGGAGAGACAUUAAGUAGAUUGAAACACCACACAUUGGGUAUGAAUCCAGAAAACAAAGGUUGGGCGAUUGGAAAUACACCAGAGCUUGCCUGUGCUCAUAAUUCACAUGCUAUUCCACAAGCUCGUAAGAAGACCGAUAAAAAUGCUGGUGUUCCAACAGGACGAUUUACAGGAGAAGCAUACCAUUUUGUAAGUUUUGUGCCAAUAAAUGGUCAUUUAUUUGAAUUGGAUGGGCUGAAGCCAUAUCCAAUGGAUCACGGACCUUGGGAAGCUAAUGAAGAUUGGACGGAAAAGUUUAGACGGGUCAUGGUUGAACGGCUGGGCCGAGAUGCUGGUGAACAAGUCCAUGAUAUAAGAUUUAAUUUAAUGGCAGUUGUUCCCGAUAGAAGAAUUGCCCUGACACAAAAACUGAAUGCACUUGAAAUGAAUCAAAAGAGAAUUAAAGAAGCCAUUUCUAAAAUAGGAAAACAUCUGCGGCAUUUGCUUUCAAAGCCAAGAGAUUACAAUGAAGACUCAAUAUCACAUGAUAACAGCGAGGAAUUAUCAAAUGAUACGUCUAACCAAGUUUCGGAAGAUGCAAUUAUAAAUGCAUUAGAUGCUAUGGAGGCUCCAUCUUUUGACUUAGAUUAUAUUCAACCUAUCACUAUUGAGAUUGGCGUUUUGGAUAGACCACAACAGGAUAAAAGUAUAAGUUUAGCUGAUCCUGUAGAGCAGACGGCUACUUGUAAAUUUUUCACAAUAAAUGGCGAAAAUCAAAUAUUAACGAAUUUACACCCAACAUCAACUACAGCUCUAUUGAAAAGUAACAACAUGCCCAUAAUUAUGUGUUGUGAAGUAGCGCCGGAACAACCGUACAGAUUUAGGAAGAUACUCUUCACUCACUCGGAACUGAAUGUGUUUCUGAGCAGCAUUGUGAGCGAGAUGCAGUCGUGUCAGCAGGCUCUGAACGAUGAGAAUGAUAAACGGGAUAUGUAUAAGGUGGACGACUGCCGGCGCACGCACAACUAUGACGAGUUCAUAUGCACAUUCCUGUCGAUGUUGGCGGAGCGGGGUGUGCUCGCGGAGCUGGUCGCGGCACAACUCGAGCGGGGCCGGUCGCCGCGCGUGCGUCGCCGUCGGCCCCGACCCCGCCCCCGCGCUAGACCACGCCCACGACCGCGCGCUAGGAAGUAGCUGAUUGGUGGAAUCUCGCUACGCAUUAUGCGCCGAGCGAGACCCUGCCCACGUCCGUGCGCUAGGAUGUAACUAAUUGGUGGAAUCUCGCUACGUAUUGUGCGUCGAUCGAGACCCCGCCCACGUUCGCGCGUGACUGUUUAGCUGAUUGGUGGAAUCUCACUGCUUAUUGUGCGUCGAGCGAGACCCCGCCCACGUCCGCGUGCUACGAAGUAGCUGAUUGGUGGAUGCCUCUAGCAUGUAACGCGCUCUCGCUCGCGUGUAUGUAGCUGAUUGGUGAACGCUUAUGACACGUACCCGGCCUCACUAAGCUCCACCCACAAUAGUACGCGCUAAAAAGGGAGACAUAUUUCGAAUUUGAAUGCGUAAAAUAUACUAAACUUCCUACUAGUGCUCCAUCAAUUCUCUACUAUACUCUCAAUGUAUAUGUAUAUUAAUUAAUUACAUGUAUAUUAAUUAAUUACAUGUAUAUUAAUUAAUUACAUUUAAAAAGAUAGCGCUUACGUAUUUUUUUGUUAUAUUUUUAUAAUAGAUGGGGCCCAUCCAUAUAAUAAAAUAACACUUACCUUAAUAUAAUCCCAUUUUUAUCCCCCUAGACACCGACAUAAUAUAUAAAAGUUAACUCUAAGCUCUGCUGUUAUAAAAUUGUGAAAAGUCUCUUAUAAUAUGCAUCAUUACAUUUUUUCUGCCUUAAUCUAUCAUCUUUAUAUUUUACGUUAUAAGUAUUAUUAUAUAAAUAGUUUUUAUUUAUCUUGUUUAUAGACUUUUACACUUGUAUAAAAAAAAGUCAUUUGUGCGUGUGUAAUACACAGUGUAUGGUAGAAAUGUUCAUUGUAUCAAAUAGUCUUGUGUGUAUUUUUUUGUAAACUAGGGACACUAUUACCCUAGAUUUGUAAAGGAUAAAAAUAUGUGCCGCCAUCUACAAAGGUAGAACGGAAUAUUUAUCUUUUUACUGUUUAUGAAUAUACCUACUUGUUUUUUUAUGUAUACGUUUUUAUACAACAUACAGUAUGUAUGAUAAAAUGUUUGUUAUUUAUCAAUAAAUAUUAUAGAGAUAAAA